AUGUCUUUGCAGCUCAUCCUCACUUUGUCUGCCCUGGGAAUUACCCCAAUUGCUGCCCAGCACUUCCCGGCGUCCGUGCCUUCGCCCUCGUUUACGCGGUCGUCGUGGGCCUGGACUUGGUCGCCUUCUUCCAGCUACUACACUCCGCCGUCAUGGUCUGGCGAGACCCCCACAUGGACACCGACCGUUUAUCCUUCGGAAACUUGGUCGACCGUCGCAACUUGGCCUGCUACAUAUACUCCCUCUGCUUCAGCCCCUAGCUGGCCAGAAUACUCUAGCUCUUGGUCUCCCGUCAGUUAUUCCUCACAUGCCUGGUCUUCUGUGAGUUCGCCGUGGUCUUCAUGGCCGACAACCAUUUACUCUGCACACUCUUGGGCGUCUGGGACCCCCACGUGGGCCUCGUGGUCAGCGAGCAAAUCCUGGUCCUCUAGCGCCUGGCCUUCCCCUUCUCCGACGCUUCCAUCCUUGAAUGAUGCCCUCAUAGCGGCAGGCGCAGCCAAAUUUGCCGCGCUGAUUGCAUCCGACCCUGUCGUCUCGGCUGCCUACGCUGCCGGGGUGGCCACCGUCUUUGCUCCAACGGACCAAUACAUCGACAGCACGGUGAACACGACACGGCUGAGAAGGCGUGCGACUCUCACCCCGGCACAGCAACAGCAAUUGCUGCUCCACGCCACUCAGAGCCAGAGCGAGAUCAACGGCCUGCGCACUCCGCCAGGUGCCGUGGUGCCCACCAAGGACACCACGGCGAAUCUCAAAGGUUCGACGCAAAAGGUCGUCUCGAAACCCAAGAACAGCACCAAGACGACAACGACGUCGAGCAAACGAUCGCUCCCGACCCUUCUGGCAAGACAGGACAACUCCAGCACCGUGGACACGCUCGUGGAUAUUCAGUCAGGACUGGGGGACUCAGUAGGCAUCUUGACCGCCGACAUCCCCUUCAAUGGCGGCUUCAUUCACACAACGGACGGCCUCUUCACCGUGCCAGUCAAUCUCUCCACGACGGCCCAGACCACGGGCCAAACGACCUUCCUCUCGCUCGCCAGCGCCUCGAACCAGUCGUCGGUGCUGGACUCGACGCCGCUCAUCACCGUCUUCAUCCCCACCAACCAAGCCUUCGCGGCGGCAAACAUCAACCCCUCGUCCAGCGGGCUCCCGUCCAUCCUGGCAGGCCACGUCGUGCAGAAUUUUGCGGGCUACUUACCCAGCCUCGGCAACGGCGCCACUUUCAUCACCCAGUCCGGCACCACCGUCACCGUCACGAUCCAGGGUGACGACUACUUCGUCAACAAUGCCAAGAUCGUCUCGUCGAAUCUGAUCCUGGAGAACGGCGUGGCCCAUGUCAUUGACACGGUCCUCACACCCCCUAUCGCGCCGUACACGGGCGCCGGCACGUCCGUGCAACAUGCCGGUGUGGCGAGGUCUCUCGUCCUCGCACUGGGCGUUGUGGUCGCUCUGGCCUUGACGUCGUGA